ACUUCUACUUCUACGGCUACUGAUGUCUAAUUUCUGUCUCUAUAAUAGUUUGUAAUAAUUUAACUCUCAACUAGUGAACUAAAAAAGCGACAGUAACUAACGAACACCAAAACUAGUGUCUCUCUAUAAAUUCACUCACUUUUUUUCAGUUUCCACUCACUCUCAACACUAGCUCUCUUCCCAGUACCAUUUUUCAAUCCAAAUUCUCCUCUGGGUUUCAUUUUCUUCUUUGGAUUUCAGUGCAAAAGUUCUUGAUCUCUGGAAGUUAAGUGCAGAGAUUUUUGUUGGUUGCAGCCCCUUGCUUUGUUGUGUGUUCGUUUUUUAAGUUUGUGUGAAUAUAACAUGUGAAUCAUAGACCCAGAAGCCAAUUACUUCGAAGGGGAAUCUGGAGGUUCGAAUGGCAAAAACUUCAAGUUUACAUCUCUUUUUUUUUUUUUUUUUUUAAAAUAUUGACCCAAAACAUGAAUUUCCUUGAAGCCUGUAAAUUGGGUGUACAGCCCAAAUAUCACAGUUAACAGGGUCAUGUAUAUGACUGCUGGUUUCUUUAGGAGUUCUCUGCAUUUGCACUCUAUAAGGCAAUUCAGCUAGUUGUAUUUCUGUUGAUGUAGCACAUGAAAUAUCUCUUCUCAUAAAACAAAAGAAUGCCCUUUUUCUUUUUUAUGAUUUUUUGGUUUUUAAUCACUUAAAUUUGGUAUCUCCUAUCAAUUAUGUUUCUUCAAGGUAUAUCUGAACCCAUGGAAGUUGGAGAAACAAAAUGUUCCUCAGGCUACAGCAAGCCCCCUUGGAUAUUUAGAGGCAGUGCCUUAUACCAGCUCCAUCUUGUCAAAGCAGAAACUGCUCGAGCAUGCAUCCCAAAAGAGUUCAGAUUAGUUGAAGCUUUUGGGUAUACUCUUGGUGGCUUCUUUCUUGCCAGUUAUGAUGACAGUCCAGCUGGAAUUUUUGAUGAGCUCGUGGUGAUUGCAGGGCUUGUAUGGAACCCACCAACAUCCUGCGCAUGGGCAGCUAAGGUGCUUGUGAACAGCAAUGUGGCUUGCGAUCAUGGAAGAAAGGAAGUUGGGCUUCCAAGUCAGGUUGCUAGGUUUUCAAAGAGAAUCACAGCAAUUACAAGUCCACCCAAGAGUAAAGACAUUGGAUUUCUAAGCAUGGUUGGUAUGGGUGCUGCUUUCUGUAGUCCAAGGGAUCAUAUGAAUGUUCAAGUGACUGAAAUCAAUAUUCCUGAUACAAAAGAUAUCUGUAACAUCAACCUUACCUGUGUUGAUUACAAAAAGUGGAAGGGGCCAGCCAUCAAAAUGUCUCUUCCAAGUUAUAGUGGCCGUACAGAGUAUAAUCCCAACCUUCUUAAGUAUUCUUGCCAGAUUGAGUGCAGGGUGCGAGCAGUGCAGCCGGCAAAAGUAUCUGGCCCAACUCUUAUACUGAAUAACGAUAGAGGACGUCCUUCAGAACAUGGUAGUUGCAAUAGUGUAGACUCAACAACUGGGGAUCAUAGAGAUAAUGGAGAAAACCUCUGUCUAUCUGUGAUGUUGUCAAAACCUAUAUUGGCUUUGGAGUUCAGUUGUUUGAAAAUGCAGGUAGAAGCUCCGACUGUGGUUUCCCCCGUCUCUAGAAAUUCUUAGGAGCAUUAAGUAUUGCAGAAAUUCUUUUUAUCACUGUAGAGUUGCACAAUAAAAUGAAAUUAAUGAAGUUCAUUUCCCUAAA